AUGAACACUGUUGAAGAUCGAGAUAUAGUUGACUUGUACACAAAAAUACGCGAUAAUCCAUACUACUUGGAAGGCCCCAAUGAGAUGGCAUUUGUGGAGCCACCUCUUCAUACUGCUGCUUCAGAAGGUCGUACAGACCUUGCUCUUGAAAUCUGGAGGCUAAAGCCUUCGCUGGGGAAGAAAUUGAACCUUGAUGGUCUUAGUCCACUGCACCUGGCUUUGAAUAAGGGACACAUCGACACUGUGAAACGACUUGUCAAGCAUGAUCCGGAUCUUGUUCGUGUCCCACGAAGGGAAGGGAUCACUCUUUUGCAUUCCGCAGAGGAAAAAGAGGAAAUUGAUCUUUUGAUUUAUUUUCUUCUCAUAUGUCCACUCUCAAUAUUUGACUAGACCAUUCGAGAUGAGA